UUACAAGAAUACUCGACUGAAGGAAGCGGCGGAAGCGAGAGCGAGUCUCAAAGAUGUCGUCGAGACAGAGCGAAGAUUGAAGAGAUCGCCGUCAAUUUCUACACGGAUCUCUACCGAUCAACGAUGCCGGUUUCACGCAUACCUACACCUACGCAGGACGCGGCCCCACAGAUAGAAGAGUGGGAGGUGGAACACGCCUUGCGUCAAAUGAAGCCGGGGAAGGCACCAGAACCUGAGUAUCUCAGCAGACUUUCUGAAGUCAUAAAACAGCUUACCAGGCACUACUAUAACAGGUACAUGGACGCGCAAGAGGUCCCGGACCAGUGGAAGACGUCAAGCACGGUUCUUCUGUUCAAGAAGGGCGAGCGCGACCUAAUGAAGAACUACCGCCCCAUCGCCCUCCUCUCGCAGCCAUACAAGUUGUUCACGAAGGUAAUCCUCAACAGGCUCGAGAAACAACUGGAUGACUAUCAACCAGUGGAACAGGCCGGGUUUCGCAAGGGCUUCUGUUGCAUGGACCACAUCCAUACUGUCACGCAGUUGAUUGAGCGAACCAAGGAAUACAAGCAGCUCCUCCUCUACUUAAUCGACAAUACGAGUGUGGAACUGGACUCUAUUUGGAAUGCGCUGCACCAUGCUGGUGUCGACCGUGCUACAUAA